AUGGAGAUCUGCAAACUGUAUUUGUGUGGGCUCUACGGUCUAGUUGGGUUGCAACUGUUUGUCAUAUGUGCACACGGAGCCAAACAGCCUCCUCAUAUUUUUCUUGUAGUAGCAGAUGACCUCGGCUGGAGUGACGUUGGAUUUCACGGUUCGAAAAUCCAAACGCCAAACAUUGACAAAUUCGCUUCAGAAGGAGUAAUUCUUGACAACUACUAUGUUAUGCCUAUUUGUACGCCUACAAGAAGUGCUCUGCUCACAGGAAUGUAUCCAAUCCACACUGGUAAAUUCUCAAACUGUUACUCGUGUACCGGUUACUGAAUACUUUCUAUUUGCUGAAAUUUAAUCGGUAGGAACAUUAGAAAUUAAGUCUCUUGUUAAACGGGGGUACAUGUGCUCCCUAGUAAUAACACAAUUCGGCAGACAAGUCGAGGCAAGCAUCUUUCUAAGCUAGCACGAGACGUUAAGUGUUUCGCUCUGUAAAAAUCUUUACUUUUGAUCGCAGCCAAAUUUGUCAAAAUCAUGUCCAAAUGAAUUGUUAAAGUGUUUCUGGUGAUAGUCUACCCUGGGUUCCAGAGGAUAUUCUUUUCUUAUCGAUACUGGUCGUAUAUUUCAUACAGUGGAACCCCGCCUUACGACCACCCCGUUUAUAAGACCACCUCGUUAUUACGGCCAUAUUCUUUCAAACCAAACUUAAAAACCAUUGAGUCAUUUUCUUAUUUUGAAGACCCCGUUAAUGCGACCACCUUGUUAUUACGACCAGGAUUUUAUGGCCCAACGGUGGUCGCAUUAACGGGGUUCCACUGUAUUAGGUAUUUUGAGAACGGUCCUCUGGAGCCAGGGUAGAGAUAGUCCUGUUCCUCAGUGCUUCGAAUUUCUGUAUGACAUGUUGCAAAAACGAGUAAUUUAAUUAAAAUUAACUUUUAAUAUUCCAGCAUCUGUUUAAAUUACGGUCUAACUUUACGGCCUUUAUCUUAAGUCACAUCCCGGUCACACAGUACUUUAAUAAACAACUUGAAGAGAAUAAUGACGAAGUUCAAUGCCCGGGGGGGGUACUCCAUAUAUCCCUGGGUGGGAAGGCGCGGCGCGGCCCCUCAUACCCUGACCCUGUUUAAGACAAAUAUUGCUCAUUUUCCUACCCUGUUCAAAACAGAAUUCCGAUUUUUGAUACCCUGUUUAAGACAUUUAUCCUGUUUAAGACAAAAAUUGAUAAAUCGAUUCCCUGAUUAAGACAAAAAAUGAUAAAUUCGAUACCCUGUCUAAAACAAAAAUCGCGAAAAACAUACCCUGGCUGGCCGCACGUCCCCAUUAAGCCCUUAUAAGGGAGUACCCCGCCCCCCUUCCCGGGUUCAAUGGUUUUUACAGUUAAGCAGUCGAUUAUUCAGAGAGCGAGCCGUUGGUUCCUCUCGCAGGAGGUGUAGGAGUUAGACUGCAAAUGGGCUCCUGUCUACAUUUAGUUUAUUUUCUUGUCUUUUUAAAUAGAUUGUAUCUGGACUAUCUGCAUGUAAUUUCUAUAGGUUACCUCGGUAGUGCGGUCACUUCAUUAUCUACUUCGUAGUGUAACAUAUCUUUCCUUUCUGAACGCCCGGAUCUGAACGUAAACAAAUCAGCAUUUGACAGCAUUUCCAUGUUCCCAGCGCUAAAGUUCACCGGAUAGAACUAUUUGCAGUUUUCAAUUUUAGACUAUUAGUUAAGCAGGGAACGAAUUUGAUUAAGAAAUAUAUAAAUCAGCGAUUUUUGAGUGUUUCUGUGGACUUGUACUAAUAAGAGGUGUCUUUUUGACUUUGAUAACAUGACCCGCUUAAUACGGACACUUUGUAUGGCCCCUUCAGGGUCCGUAUUAACGGGAUUUGACUGUAUAUAGGCUUUGACUGGGAACGUUUUGGUGUUUUGGACAAGUGGUCGCUUACUAGAGGUGGUCGCGCCACAUAUAUAGCGGAGCCAGCUGGUUAUAGUCUGACUAUCCAAGAGAAGGAUUUGCAUUUCACUGACAGCGCAAAACAACUUUAAUUUAUAUCAUCUUUCUUUAAAGGUCUUCAGCACUGGGUCCCCUUUCCACAGAGCCCUUAUGGAUUUCCUCUGAACUUCACAACGUUACCCGAGAAGCUCAAGAAAUCAGGUUUGUUGACAAGGGCAAUCUUUGCUGACGACAGUGUUCACAUUCCGUUUUUUUAGUGAAAGGAUUUUGCUGAAAAGGCAACUUGCUAAGUAAGACUCAACUUCAGUAACCCAGAGUUCAGUUAAGCUUAGUAACCUCACUGUAAAAUAUUUAGCUCCUUGUGCGCAAUAAUGAGGGUUUUAUCAGCCAUAAGAAAAGACAGAAUAAAUAAUAACGAGCGCGAGGAAAAGUAUUCAGCAUUUAACUAAUAGAGCUGACAUUUUCGAAAAAGCCUUAAUUUAGCUAGGUCCUUUUACUAUUCAGAAAUGAGAGUUUUUUGUAACUGGAAUGUUACCGAGGGAAUUCAUCAAAUUCGGGUUUCCUUGUUGACGGUGAUUUCUUCUUCCACAGGUUAUGCCACACAUAUGAUCGGUAAAUGGCACCUGGGCUACCACAAGUGGGAAUACACCCCGACAUAUCGAGGUUUUGAUACAUUCUAUGGUUUUUAUAAUGGAUGGGGAGACCACUACUCUCAUGAAAUUGACAAUAUAUUGGACUUAAGAGACAACAAGGAAGCUGUUCGUGACCUCAACGGCACAUUUGCUACAUUUGCCUUCUCCAAGGUAAUGAUUAUGCUGUUCGAGUUUAUUGGGAUAAUUGUUUUCUCUAUAUCGAUCGAGGCAACCGCAUGUCCUUGAAUUGGAUCCUUGCUACUUUAGAAGGGGCAGACAGAAUAAUUCAUUGGAGGAUUAUGUCAAGAAGAGCAAUAGAAAGUGGGAAAGACAAAAUAAGGCUCAGUCGGCUCAUUGCAUGUGACUUAGGAAGGAAGAGAUAGUAGUAGCAACAGCCUGAGGCUAAUAAAAGACUUUUAACCUAUUUCUUACCCUCAAUUUACAGUUACAGUUUCCCUAACUUUUUCCUCUGAAUGAUAUAUUGCAAUUAUACUCUUUUUUUUUACCUCAGAGAGCGAAUAAGGUGAUCAAAGCACAUAACUCCUCCACUCCUUUGUUUUUAUACAUGGCAUUCCAAAAUGUUCACGCUCCACUCCAAGCUCCAAAACGUUAUUCUGACAAGUACAGCUUUAUUAAGGAUGAAAAACGUAAGAUGUUUGCAGGUAUGGUGGAUAUUAUGGAUGAAGCCAUCGGCAACAUUACUCAGGCAAUGAAGGAUGCAGGGUAUGUAACCCGGCGAUACCCUUAGGAAUUUGCAAUACUUCUUUCAUCCGCCAGAGACUUUUCAUUCGCGGUUUCCGGUUUUAGCCAAGUCUUCAUGGUGACCCACGCCGCUCGAAAGACGUGUCGGCCUGUGGCCGAUCUUAAAGCAUCUUCACCGUACUCAAUCGCCGUACGCAAGAAAAAACCCUUGGUACUCAGAGUACAUUCUCAUUAGCUUAAAAUCAGCUAUUUUCAUGUUAAUUGACAUCCUAGCCCCGUUUUGCAGUAUCUCUUUUGUAUUUAACUCUCUGGGACGAGGCUUGGGGGCCAAUUAACAUAAACGAGCAAAGGGUGAGAUCUUUCAAUCCCUUCUUUUACGGACACCAAGUUGGCCCUUUUCAUCCAAGGAAAUGACAUUCCAUGCAGGUAUGAUCUAGAGAAACUCCGAAAUUGAAAGGGAUGAUCUUGCAAACGCGAAGUCGGACCGAAAAUGUGUGGAAUAAGAUGGUUCACAGCCUCCAGAACAAAAGGGCCGAAUGUGAUUUUAAUGAUGAUGAACAUAAAUAUGAAAGAAUAAUAAGUGGAGUGAAUAAGGCUCUUUUUUGAUAUUUCAGUUUGUGGGAGGACACCCUCAUGGUUUUCACUACUGACAAUGGAGGAUGGCAUGAUCACGGUGGAUUCAACUGGCCGCUUCGAGGGGAAAAGUUUACCUUAUGGGAGGGAGGGGUGAGAGGGGUAAGCUUUGUCCAUGGAAACAUGCUUGGCAGGAAAGGAGUGAAAUGUGAAGGCCUCAUGCAUGUUACAGACUGGUUUCCAACAUUGGUCAAUAUUGCCGGUAAACAGAGCUGUUGUGGUAUUUUAUGGGUUAUUUCUCAUGAAGUUUCGAUACUUUUAACAAGGUUAAAGCGGAGGUUUGAUUAAUGAUGGCCUAAUUGCCAUUCUUCCUAGUACUUCUUUAAUUAACACUGCACGAAAAAGUGGAUUUUCACAAAUUUACUCGGUGCAAAUAUGGUGCGAAAAAGUGCAAACUAGAGGGAAAUCAAAAGCAAAGAUGGUAAAUACCGCAUUUGCUUGCCAGUUUACAUGGGGUUGUAGGGCAAAUGCGGUUUUUACCAUCUUUGCCCUUUACUUAACCUUAGUUUGCACUUUUUUGCAGCAAAUUUGCACAAAGUAAAUUUGGUGUAAACCAAAUUUUUUCGUGCAGUGUAUUAUUAUGAAUUACGAGCAAUUUAUUCUUCUGAUAAAUUUGUGGUUGUAUGCACUUUAUCUUAGACGAGACGACUAAUACGUCUCAAACGAAUUAUGCGUCGAGUUUAUGAAUGGAGAAAUUUUUUGCUCAUUGAAAAAUUGCCGACACAAGUACCAACAAACAGAGGCUCACCCGACUCUGAAACGCCAAAUGCAACUGAUUAUUUUCGUAUUUUGCGAAAAUUUUUAAGGCGUAAAACUGUGCCCAAUUAUGACCUAUGAAUUUCUCGCUCUACCCCAGGUGGUACUAUUGAUCAUGCGCAGACACCGCUGGAUGGCGUGAAUGUGUGGAACACCAUUUCUAAAGGAAAAUCAUCACCUAGGAAGGAGAUACUGCUCAAUAUUGAUUUAAAACAUAAACAAGAAAGCGAUGAAUUAUCGGCCAUCACUUAUUACGAAGGCAUUGCUUUGAGAUCAGGUGAAAUGAAGCUUCUAAUGACUGUGCCUAAUUCGUCUUGGUAUAAGCCUCCUGAGCUUGAAGGAAACCCAGACUACAAACAAUA